UAUACUGAAAAUGAGACUAGGCUACAUUCCAACAAUAUAAAACCAUAGCCAGACAUUGAUGUUCAUCAAUCUCAUUUUUUCCUGCAUCUUUCUUAGAUCCUUCGUUUAUUCUAUAACAAUGGUUUUUGAAACUUUAACAUGGUUACGUUUGUUCUUGUUCUCCACUUCUAUAGCAGGUCUCUUGAUUGUUUCUCUUUCGGUUUUUGCUCUGAGAUUGAAGCCAUGGUGUAGCUGUGAAAUCUGUCAAAGUUUUGUCAGUACAAGGUGGUCCUCGGAAUUCAGUAAUUUGUGUGAUUGGUACUCUAAUCUUCUACAGAAAUCGGAAACCGGAACGAUUCGUGUUCAUGUUCUUGGAAAUAUUAUCACUGCCAAUCCAGAAAAUGUUGAAUACAUGCUCAAAACAAGGUUUGAUAAUUACCCAAAAGGCAAGACAUUUUCUUCCAUUUUGGGUGAUCUUCUGGGGAGAGGGAUUUUUAAUGUUGAUGGCCAUUUGUGGAAGUUUCAGAGGAAAAUGGCUUGUCUAGAACUCGGUAGUCUUUCUGCAAAAUCAUAUGCAUUUGAGACUGUUGUCUCUGAAAUUCGUUCCAGGCUCAUUCCUCUAUUGUCAUCUGUUGCUGCUAAAGAAAAUGGCGUUCUUGAUUUACAAGACGUGUUUCAAAGAUUUUCAUUCGAUAGUAUUUGCAAAUUUUCAUUCGGUCAAGACCCCGGCUGCCUAAAGUUGUCACUGCCUGUUUCAGAAUUUGCGGUGGCCUUUGAUCUUGCAUCAAAAUUAUCAGCAGAUCGCGCGCUGAUGGUAUCGCCGUUGAUCUGGAAAACCAAAAGAUUUUUCAAUUUAGGCACUGAGAAGAAACUGAAAGAAGCCAUUAAAUCGGUUAAUAUCCUAGCUGAGGAGCUCAUCAAGCACAAAAGAAACAUGGAUGUCUCCUCUCAUGAAGACCUUUUGUCGAGAUUCAUGGCUAAUAUAGACGAUGACAAAUUCCUCAGGGACAUUAUCAUAAGCUUUGUCCUGGCAGGUCGAGAUACCAUUGCCUCGGCCUUAACCACUUUCUUCUGGUUAUUAUCAAAUCAUCCCGAUGUCAGGCUGGCUAUUCGCGAAGAAUCAGACUGCAUAAUGGGGUCGAAAACUCAGGAUCUUGCAAGUUUUGAGCAAAUAAGGGAAAUGCAUUAUCUUCAAGCAGCAGUGCAUGAGAGCAUGAGGCUAUUUCCACCUGUGCAAUUUGAUUCAAAGUUCUGUCAAGAAGAUGAUAUUCUCCCUGAUGGUACUUUUGUAGCGAAAGGUACUAGGGUUACAUACCAUCCCUAUGCAAUGGGGAGAAUGGAAAAAAUUUGGGGCCCGGAUUGCCUCGAAUUCAAGCCUGAAAGAUGGUUACAAGAUGGGAUUUUCAAGCAAGUAAAUCCUUUCAAGUACCCAGUAUUUCAGGCCGGGCUUAGGGUUUGUUUGGGCAAAGAAAUGGCAUUGGUGGAAAUGAAAACUGUUGCUUUGUCUUUGAUUAGGCAGUUUGAUAUCCAAAUGGCUAAACCGAAUCAGACCCUUAAGUUCAUGCCGGGCCUCGCCGCUACAGUCAAAAAUGGUUUGCUCGUGUUCGUACAAGAAAGGAAUCGAUAAGUGCAUCUUGCAAUCAAGAACCAGCUAAAGUUGGGUAAAAAUCAUCAGAAACAAGAUAGAAACACAAUCUUCCACGGCCCUCAAUGAUAGAGUUGUCGAUUCUUGUCCAAUUUGCAUUUUGGAGUAUUUUAGAUUCUUGGUGGGAUUAGGAAAAUGAAUGUCGGACGUUAGAUGCAAUGAACCUAUCUUGAAAUUCAUACAGCUUUAUUCUCAUAGUUUAGACUUAAGAUAAUGGUUAGAAGCACAAGAAAACUAUUCAAUGUCAAUGGAUAAGGUGUUGCGUCUAGGACCACAAAUUUCUGCUAUUUUUUAUUAACGUAUACUUUUACGAACAA